GUGUCCUGGCAAGUUGGUAUCUGAAAAUGAGAAAAAAGUGGCACUCAGAUUUCUUUAAGGUCCAGGAGAUACUGGCAGAGAUUUUGAUAUUGCAUAAUCCAUUGUUGAGAGAAAGUUUCCAGAAUUUGGGCAAAAAACUUAGAGAUGUGAUGCUUUCUCAGUUUUAG